GGACUAUGGAGUGAGAGCAGAGGUGAUGUCUAUGCCCUAAGGGCAUUCUGUAGUUCUUUUCUCGGCAAUACAAAAUCAAAGGCAAAUGACGAAAGAAAAAGAAUUCUCAUUGCUCAGUUAGACAAAGGAAAGGAGGAAAGAAAGUUAACCAGUCGCAGGAAAGGGAGGAUGCCCUCUUCAGCUCUAGGGAAGACGCCUUCUUCAACUUCAAAAAACUCAACCAGGAUUAUAACUUUGGGGUGGUUGAACUAUGCAGAAGGUUCAAAGGGCUAUAAAGCAGUUAGGGCUCCACGAGGUGGUGGUACAAGAUCGAUAUCAGUUAGUAAACAAGCAACAGGCAGAAAGAUCCUUCAAGAAGCCUUGAAGUUAUUUAUUUCUGGUCAAGAGGACAACUUUGAAAUCUAUUUGGGGAACUUCAAAGGUGAAGCUUUUCAAAAUAAAUCAUUCACAGUUGAGGAAUAUUAUGUUAUACAUGGUCUUACAAGAGCAAGAUUCUACCUGAUGACCAAGGAAAAGAAAAAAGGGGGUACAGGUAGUUCUCCUGUUGAAACUGUGGUGGUAGACGAUGAUGCAAAUGAAUCAGCUGGUAAAGAAGGUCUUAAAGACAAUUUGCUAGGUACAUCCGCUGAAUGUUCUCAGUUGAAGAGAGAGCAAGAUGAUGCAUUUCUUAAACGCCAAGAGGCUGAUCAAAAGAAGGAUGCAGAAAAGAGAAAGAAGGAAGAAGAGUUGGAAAACCUAAAAUGGCAAAGAGCAGCAAGGGCAACACGAGUUACAAACGAACCACCAGCUACAGAUGAUGCAAUUCUCGUGUCUUGCAGGCACGUAUCAGGACUGUGAAGGAUCAUUUCUCCUCCCUGUUUCUGGAGCAAAUCUGAUUUAAAUAUUUGUAAAUUUCUUUAAGAGUGAGGAUGUAGUAAAGCAGGAGAAAGAUUUUGCAACAAGCGGCCAUGGUAAGUUGCCCGUUUUCAUCUAUCAGUUCUUUGUUAUCGUUCUGCUUGACGCUAUUCAAUGUGACAGUAUCGCGAUAUUCAUUUGUAAAAAAAAACAUUUUUUUUCCUUAAAAAAAAAAGCGCUCCUUCCACCUUGUAUUAUUUAAUUCAGUUUUCAAUAUUGGCCUAAUAAGAUUUAGCCACGGCGAUGGAAAUAAUUUUUUUUCUUUUUUUACCAUUUCAAAAAGCGCGAUUCUAGCGUUCGGGAAACAAUCAACAGUUUCUUAAAAAGUCCUUAUCUAAUAGAUGUGAAAUGUUAAAAGUACUCGUUUAGAGCGCAAAUACUGUAAAAAACUACAUGCAUUACCUUAAUGUCUUGUGUCAUUGAGAAAGAGUGGAUGGUUUUCCUUUAUCUUUCAUUCUAAUUUUUAUUUUGCGCGUUUUUUGUUUGUUUGUUUGUCGAGUGUCUUAAGUUAACUUAAAAUGCCUAAUACUGCUGGUAGAGGGUAGAGGGCAGACGUUUGGAAAAUGUUAUCCAUGCUCCUUUUUCCCAUGCAGUCCUCUUACUAAAGCUUGCGAGCCGCCAUUACAAUCCUUCAUUCCAUGUCCAUUUCAUCAUAGUUAUUCAAAAAGAAAACAUGACGGAUCUAAAUUUAAAAUGUAGAAAUAAGAAAAGAUUUAUUAAGAAGUUAAAACUAGUAAAUUUGCUCGCUGCCCAAGGAGGCUUUCGUAAUAUUUUACGUCAUAAUAGCUAAUUACCCCGACUCUUCUCCCUUUUUUCCGACUUUUUCAAAGUUAGGCGUGAUAUUGAUUACGAAAAUGAUAUGAUACCACAAAUUAUAAAAGAUCAUCCCUAUCUGGUGGGAACAACUGUUCUUACCACCGUAGGAGCAGGGAUUUAUUUUUAUUGUAGAAAAACGAAGGUAAGGCGGCCAAACGGCAGAUUAUAAACAAUUGAUUUUAAAUAUCGAACCUGAACUCUAACUAUAACAAAAUCAUUAUUUAAAAUAAUUAUUACUCAGCUCAAUGAAAUAGUAAUAGUUAUACAUAACUGAUUUUUAAUUUUGAUUUUAAACUUUAAUAGCAGAAACACCCGCAGAAAUCAAAUCAAAUAUGCGGUUCUGUCGCUAGUUUUAUGAACUCAGUGACGCUAGAAAUAAUUAUGUUAAUCACUCGUCUAUUCAGAUAUAAUCGCGAUAUAAUAGGAUAGUCUUUUCUUGCUCAAUCAAACCACAUACCGCAUAAAAAAUAUAGAGAUUGUCCUAACCUCAUGUUAUUGUGCCUGGUGAUUAGUGCAAUGAGGUGAAUAUGGCUUCUGGUGGCCUUUGUGUCCUAAACCAUAUUGGAGAUGCUGGUGAAUCAAGAAAAUCCUGAGUCUGAGUACCCAUGGCAGUUUAGGGCAGCAUUGGCAGAUUAUGUAAGGAGAUUGGGACAUAACUAAUUAGACUAGAGGGAUGGACCACUAAAUAUGGUGCAUAGUGGACAUUUCUGUAUGUACCUAAUGUAGCUAAUGGUCUGUCUUGUACUUACUAGUAAUAUUGUAGUAAUUGUAAGGAAAUAUUUGUUUUAAUGAUUUUGUAAACAGAUGUAUUGUAUAUAUAACCAUAUUUUAGUAAUCACAUAAGCAAAGGCAACUUAUAAAUAAAAUUGAUUUUAAUAGAUUUUAAACUCUAAUAAUAAAAUAUAAUAAGAGAUAUCUUUUCUUAUUUCUAAACAUUUCUAUUCGUUUUGAGCCCAUUUAAAUAUUUCACACUAUAUAUAAUCUUUACUCUUGAUUUUGAACUCAAACCAUAACAAAAUAUAUUAUAUAUCAUAUCUUCAUUUUGAGCUCAAUAAAAACAUAAAUUUAUAUUGUGUUCAGAUUAUAAACAAUUGAUUUUAACUAUCGAACUUGCACUCUAACCAUAACAAAAUCAUUAUUUUAAAAAAAAUUAUUACUCAGCUCGAUGAAAUAGUAAUAGUUAUACAUCAUUGAUUUUUCAUUUUGGUUUUAAACUUUAAUAUCAUAUCUUCUUAAGCAAGGCCUGACCAUUUGUCCCCCUUACAAUUAUUUUUUCUACAAAACGACUACCUUUAUCCUGUAAAAACUUAUGUCCUUUUCAAAACACCCGCUACAGUGCCUUGACGAACGCCCGUUGUUUGCCUGCUAGCGUGCAUUCUAAAGACAGGCCUGCUACUUGCCCUCUAGCGUGCCUUCUAAGACACGCUCGCUAGCGUGUUUCGACAAACGCCCGCUCCUUUUCGCUAGUGUGCCUUUUUAGUAAGGUGAAAGAAAAGACAGCAAAGCUUUGUCUAAAUUACUAUUUAUUCAUGUGUGCCAUUCAAGAAUCUUGACUGCUAAUAUUUUAUUACACUACAAAUCCAAAAAAUCCACAUGAAAAAGUCAAAGAUUCAGUAUAGAGUUGCUUUUUAUAGUAGGAGAGUUGUAUUACAUGGAAGUGGAAAAAAUAUGAUGUUAAAAAGAGGUUAUCAUUCUGGAUUAUCAAGAAACCAUGUUUUUUUUUCUUUAAACAGCAUUCAUUUUUUAAAUAAGGCUGGUGUCAUCAACGUCGGCUCAUAUAAACAUGAACCACCGAAACAAAUUCGUCAAAUUUUAAAGUUAGGUCUCAAGAAAAGAGAGAUGACAAAUCACUUGAAGUGAAAACCAAUGCAUCAGAUAAAGACGUGAAAAGUUACACUAGCAAAGAAAAACCUAAAAAAGAAAAGGCUAGAAGUGGUCAACAAAAAGACAAGCCUUACAUCAGCUUCACCAGGUAAAAAUCCUAUAAAAAAUGGUAUUCAAAAAGAUGCCCACCACACUUUUUUUUGCAUUAA